AUGCAAGAGGAGAACACAACAUUCAUUUUGGAAUUCCACCUCCUUGGAUUUCAAAAUCUUCACAGUUUGAAAAUAGUCUUCUUCAUUUUUCUUUUAGUCACUCAUAUUGCAACGUUGUCUGUAAAUAUCUUCCUCCUAAUAACUGUGCGCUUUCAUCGCCACCUUCACAGUCCUAUGUAUUUCUUUUUAACCCAACUGGCGUCAUCUGAAAUGCUCUUCACAACAACCAUUAUCCCUAAACUGCUGCAUAUGACCCUCAGGGAAGGAAUCACUGUAUCUGUGAGUAGCUGUAUAAUACAGCUUUACCUGUUCUCUGUUUCAACCAAUGCUGAGUCCAUCUUUCUUACUGUAAUGUCCUAUGAUAGAUAUUUAGCCAUUUGUUAUCCACUGCGCUACAGUUCUUUAAUGGAUUUCAGGUCCUGCCUCCAGCUUGCGAUCAUCUCUUGGACAUUUAGUUUCAUCUCAACACUUAUUGUGAUUAUUCAGAUAUGCUCAUUGCAAUUUUGUGGCUCUAAUGUGAUUGAUCAUUACUACUGCGAUUUGACACCGGUACUGGAACAUUCUUGUUCUGAUGUAUUUUUUGUGAGACUACAGAUAUUUGUGUUUUCCAUCCCUAUAGCAGUUUUGCCUUUUGUCUUUAUCAUUAUCACUUAUAUACGCAUAGUCAUUGCUAUUCUCAAAAUCCCUUCCACCACUGGAAAACAAAAAGCCUUUUCUACGUGCAGCUCACAUUUAAUGGUUGUGUGCAUUUAUUAUUUGACACUGAUAACUAUUUAUGUAAUUCCUUCAGGAGGGUCCUCCUGGGGAUUAAAUAAGUUUCUGUCACUGCUGUACACUGUGGUAACACCAUUGUUUAAUCCUAUUAUUUAUACUUUAAGAAAUCAAGAAAUCAGAUCAAUAAUAGAAAACAAAAUUUUUAAACAAAAAAAACUUGUCCACUUUUAA